UCAGGCAUACAUAAAAUACAUUGUGAUUGCAUCAUAGCGGUCUUAAAGGUUAUAGUUAUUUUUCAAAAAUCAUUAAUAAUGGCUUUUAGGAACUGGUUUUCGCUUCCCGCCGUCAGAGCUGAUGACGAAGAGGACUUAGUUGACCCUCAAGCAGUUUUAAGGGAACCAAAUCUCCCAAGACAGUGAAGGCUACGCAUCCCCAAAACAUAACAGACCCUACUGACUAUUCUUUGACAUUCUGGUGCCAGUUUUUUUCGAUAUUCCGAUAUCGAAUUUUCGAAAUUUAAAAGGUGGAACCAUUUGCCCAUGUUUUCCAUUGCCAGCGCUUAUGCAAUGCAUUUGCGCUGCAAAUGUGUCUCGCAUCAGCAAAAUAAUUUUCUUUUCCUCUGAGAUCAACUGUAAAACUAUAUUCCCCCAAUUCAAGUCUUAUACGAGUCAACUUUGAAAACAAAUUGGUUACGGUAUUCCAUUCUAAUUCUUAUACUAACGACUGUUAGGACAGACGCGGCGGUACGACUUAGUGACUAUACGAACGCAGACUACACCCCCGAAGAGGACAAUAAAAUCGUCAUCUGGGAAUCGUACGGAUACUUGCAACACUCGACAAACAAGACAACGUACGAGAAAUACGCCGACCAGACAGAGACAAUGACAAGGACGCUUACAGAAGACCACCGGACACCAGUAAUUAUGACGGACUUGACACACACUCGCAAAUUAGUAGCCACUCUAAGGUUCCACCAUAGGGCUGCUAGGAGUUUAAAUUUGAUCGGGAUGGUACUGAAGGACAUCGCCGGUACCCCAGUCUUUAACGAUUGGGAAAAAAUAAAACCAAUCAAGACCAGUUAACAAAAACAGAAAAAAACCAAACAGAAUUAAAUAUCAAAUUCCAAACACUAUUGAAUGAACUCGCAACAGCAAUGAAUCAAAUUUCUAAAACUGAAACACACUUACUAGAGAUCAUUUUAGCUAAAAAUAGAAUUGUUAUUACAGAUUUGGAGAAUAUUCUUAUGGGGUUAUCCAUAGCAAAACUAAACAUUGUAAGUCCAUUAUUUAGAGAAAUAUAAAGAAAUAUAAUUAAAU